CUUUCAGGUGGGCCCGUAUUGGUUGACGCAACGGAUUCUGAACCUCUCGGUUUGUUCGUUUUGCUCUCCAAGCUCCAGCCAUGGUGACCGUCUUCUAACCGCGAAACCAUCUCUCCUCUUUCUUCUUAUCCAAGCUUCUCGUCGCAGUUUCUUUCCUCGUCCUCCAGUUUCUCAAGCUUUCUUUAGCUUUUUCAUUCGCAAAUCCUCCUCCCUAAGCUGAACAAACAAGAUUCCUCAUGGCGAAAAGAUCUGAGACUCCUUCCGCGACUCACGGAACUGGUCUCGAACCUCCGAGAUCCGGUACAGCCGGAGAUUCUUCUGGUAACCAACUUCAACCUGAUCUCACCGGCGUCUCAGCCGCGACUGCUUCUCAGAAACGCGGCCGUGGUCGACCACCAAAGCCCAAGUCCGACUCUCAGCAAAACGGUGCCGGUUCAGCUCAGCCGACCAGAAAACCGAGCGGCCGUCCGAAAAGAAACGGAGCUACGGCAGCAGCACCAGCUGUUCCGACUGCGUCUGCGGCGGCGACGGCUGUGAAGAGCGGCCGUGGCAGGCCCAGGAGGUCGAACACUCUGCCUGUAAAGGAGGCUCCGGUUCCUACUGUAGAUGGUUCUAGAAAACGAGGGAGGCCAAAGAAAGAUGACGUGGCGGCUACAACUGUUCCAGCUAAUACUGUGGCGGCUCCAGCUCAGAAACGUGGACGGAAACCUAAAAGUGAAGAAGUUGCUAGCAAGAGGACUGUGGGUAGGCCAAAGAAGGCGACAGAGGCUACUACUACUGGUAAGGAAGCUGCAGACCCCAAAGAGCUCAAGAAAAAAGCCGCACUCUUACAAAAGAAAGUGAAGCAAGCUGCAGAUAAGUUGAAAAUAGCAGUUUCAGCAAUCGAGGAGGUCCAAGAGAUAGCGGCUGGAAUGUAGAAGACCUGAUUUGACUCGUCUACCUCGGAUAAUUGAGAAGAAACUUAUGGUGUUUUUAGUGGAAAUUAGGAAAACAUUUGUUUGGAGAAAGACUGAUUGGUCAUUGGUUGUUGAUGUUUGCUUGAUUUUUCACUUUAGGUUUGUUUGUACGUUCGUAGGAAGUGUACCAGAAGAGAAAACAGUUUAGUGUUGUUAAUGGUUAAGCUUUGCUGAUACAGUACAUCUUGUGUAGCUGGGUUACAUGGGAAAGUUACACUUUUGCGUUAAACUCUUUGUUCUGAAUUGAAUUGCUGCUACGUCUCCCU